AUGAAAGGUCUAUUACUGACAAUCAAGGAUAUUACAAGCUUGACCAGGUUACAUCAAUGCACUAUACCAUAGAAGCCCGAAAAGAGCAUUACAAAUUCAGGAAGUUGGAGAAUUAUAUGGUAUUGCCAAAUAUGGCUUCAAUAGAAGACAUUAUUGCUGUUUCAUAUGAUAUUUGUGGUUUGGUUAGGAUGGUUAGUAGCAGUCAGAAAGCAACGGUGGCUUUGACUCAUGGACCUGAUAAUGUGAAGCCACAAAAGAAACAAACUGAUGGAAAUGGAAAUUUCUGUUUUGAGGUUAUUCCUGGUGAAUAUCGCUUAUCAGCUAUUGCUGCUACUCCUGAUAAUGCCGUUGGACUCAUGUUUGCUCCAUCUUAUAUUGAUGUUGAGAUCAAAAGUCCAUUGUUGAAUGUUGAAUUUUCGCAGGCUCUGGUCAAUGUCCGUGGUGUUGUGGUCUGCAAGGAAGAAUGCGAUCCAUCUGUAUCUGUGACUAUUGUGAGGCAGGUUGCUAAACAUAAUGAAGCUAGAAAGACAAUUAGCUUGACCUCCGAUAAUAGUGAAUUUCUGUUUUCUGAUGUUAUUUCUGGAAAAUACAGACUUGAGGUGAAACACAAUUCCUCUGAAUCAGUGACCAAGGAGGAUAAUUGGUGCUGGGAGAAGAGCUUCAUAGAUGUAAGUAUUGGAGCUGAGGACUUGGAUGGGAUUGUUUUUGUUCAAAAGGGCUACUGGGUCAAUGUGAUCUCCACUCACGAUGUUAAUGGUUACAUAAAUCAACCAGAUGGGUCAACUGUAAAUUUGAAGAUUCAGAAAGGUUCCCAGCAUAUAUGUGUUGAAUUUCCCGACAUACAUGAAUUUAAUUUUAUUGACUCAUGUAUCUUCUUUGGGAGCUCAUCUGUGAAAAUUGACACAUCUAAUCUAUUACCCAUUCAUCUAAAAGGAGAAAAGCAUCUUAUUAAAGGACAAAUAAAUGUGCAUUCCGGCUUACAUGAUGCACUGCCUGAGAAAAUAGUGGCUGAUAUUUAUCGUGAUAGAGCCAACGUUGCUGAUAUUGGCCAAGUCAUGAGCGUGUUGAAUUAUAGCCAGCCAAAUAGAACAAAUAUCCCAGUAACUCAAUUGUUGCCUUCUCAUGGAAAGAAAUCAUUUGAAGCCAAGGCCAUGCAAACCGUAACAAAUGCAACCAGCACCCUGUGA